UUGCUGUGUGCCGUGUGAGGAGAGGAAGAAUAGAGGGUAGCUGAUAGAGAAGAACAGCUGGGUUGGAAAAGGGUUCGCAGCACUUUUUUUAUUAUAAUUUUUCUUUACACAUUUUUAUUGUUUCCAUCUCAUUAUCCUGGCGAAAGGUUGAACGGUUAAAAUGGAGGCGGACAGAUCCGGCGGAGGGCCAAACCCGAACUCCGGAGGCGGCGUUAGCGGAGUGGGGCGCAACCCAAACGGGCCCAAAGCAACACCGGGCCAGGCGACAUCAGCUGCGGCGGUCGGGGCGAUGGCAGCGGCGGCGGCAGCAGCAGCAGCAGCCGGGGCCAUUCCAGGGUCGUUGCAGCCUCGGGAAACACAGGACGGGGACUCGGGUAUGACGCUUCCCGGAAUCCUGCACUUCAUCCAGUACGAGUGGGGACGCUUCCAGGCCGAGAAAUAUCGCUGGGAGGCAGAGAGAGACGAACUCAGGGCUCAGGUGGCAUUCCUACAGGGUGAGAGGAAAGGACAGGAGAAUAUGAAGCAGGACCUGGUUAGGCGGAUCAAAAUGUUGGAGUAUGCUCUCAAACAAGAAAGGGCUAAGCACCAGAAGCUGAAGACGGGGAGUGACCAGAGUCCCGGAGACAAGAAGCCAGAGAUAGAGGCAGAUCAGCUUCCCAAUGGACCAGCAGAGUCAGACUCAGAGCCAGCCAAUCAGAUGUCCUGGAAAGAGGGACGUCAACUACUACGCAAAUAUCUUGAGGAAGUUGGUUAUUCAGACACUAUUCUGGACAUGCGCUCUAAACGUGUGAGAUCCCUGCUGGGGCGGAGCAGCCCAGAGGCUAAUGGGCCCCCGCCCAGCGAAAGCUCUCCUGAGCCAGAGCCACGGGCAGGAGAGUCCUUGCUGGUCAGACAAAUAGAGGAACAAAUUAAAAGGAAUGCUGGCAAAGAAAGCUCCAAGGUACGUGCGAGUGGUUCAGUCCUGGAUAAGAUCCCUUUCCUUCAUGGCUGUGAGGAUGAUGAUGAAGAUGACAGUGACGAGGAAGAUGAUUUCCAAGGCAUAGCCACUGACUGCAUCGAUGGUCCACGAAAGAAUAAAAAGUCUCGUGUGAAGAUGAGUUCAGAGCCGAUGACCACAGGUCUGGACCCUGAGGAUGAGGAGGACGAAGAUGACUCAGAAGACGCCCUCAGUGAAUUUGACUUUCUUGGCUCAGGGGAGGAUGGGGAGGGGGCGGGAGAGGCCAGGAUCUCAGGGGAUGGACGGGAGUUAGAGAAUCGCAGGAACAAGUUACAAGGCAUGAUGUCGGACUUCCCCCCUAAACCUACCCCACCCCCUUCUGUAUCAGGACAAGCUCGCUCCGGGGAAGGUGGGGCUUUAGGUUUCUCCUCCGAUGUCUUCAUUAUGGAUGCAGUUGGAGGAGGGGACAUGAACCUGGGUGAACUGGCUGAUCUCACUGUGGCCAAUGACAAUGAUCUCUCAAUGGAUAUGCAGGAUAACAGGGAGGAAUUCAAGAAGACGUGGAACCCUCGCUUCACACUACGCAGCCAUUUUGAUGCCAUCCGGGCUUUGACAUUUCACCCCAGCCAAGCAGUGCUGCUCACAGCAUCUGAGGAUGGUACACUAAAACUGUGGAACCUCAACAAGGCCAUGCACUCUAAAAAGAACGCUGCUUUGGAUGUUGAGCCCAUCUACACAUUCAGGGCCCACAGUGGAGCUGUUCUGUCACUGUCUAUGAGUGAGGAUGGAGAAUCCUGCUACAGUGGAGGUUUGGAUGGAACCGUCAGGUGUUGGAAGAUGCCUGACCUCAACAUAGAUCCUUACGAUAAUUAUGAUCCUGGCAUUGAGAGCAGCGUGCUAGCCGGCCACGAGGACAGCGUUUGGGGUCUGACUUACACAGGAGUUCACCAUCGUCUUGCUUCAUGCUCAGCUGAUGGAACCAUUCGCAUUUGGGAUCCUCAGAACUCAUCUCCCUGUGUGUCAGUCUUCAAUAAAGAAAGAGAGCAUGGAACGCCCACUUCAGUGGCCUUUGUAGCCACUGACCCCAACCAGGUGGUGGUGUCCUUUGAUGCUGGCGAGACGCUUCUGUAUGACCUCAACACAGAGCAGAGCGUCACUGCACUGGAGACCCAGACAAAAGAUGGCAGCGAACUCAUCAACCGUGUUGUCAGCCACCCGACGGAGCCCGUCUCCAUUACUGCACAUGAGAACCGCACUAUCCGCUUUCUGGAUAACAAGACGGGGAAAGUUGUCCACUCAAUGGUGGCCCACUUGGAUGCAGUCACAUGUCUUACAACAGAUCCUAAAGGCACUUACCUCAUUUCUGGCAGCCACGACUGCUCAGUGCGCCUGUGGAUGCUGGAAAACAGGACAUGUGUGCAGGAGAUCACCGCCCACAGGAAGAAGCAUGAUGAGGCCAUUCAUGAUGUGGCCUUCCACUCUUCCCAGCCCUUCAUUGCCAGCGCCGGUGCAGACGCACUCGCCAAGAUCUUUGUGUGACAGCACUGUUGUUGUUCUGAGUUCUCCAACCACAACUCGGACAAAAGAGGUUGAAGAUGGAUACAUUUCACCUGCUCUCUCCCACUUUCACACUUGUCCUGCACCCCACUGGCUGGGUCAUCACCACAGGACAUCACCCUCCCACAUUCAACUCUUCACAGUUCUCCGAUGCCUCAGUGACUUCUUGUUAUACUAAUCACAUCUUGUAAUGCUUUUUUAUAACUUUAAAAUCCUGGCUGCUCUGUUUUUUCAAGUAAUCACAUUUGAAGUACCACUUUUCUACACUACAGUAUUCUGUUCUGCUAUUUUUUUUUCCAGUCUGCCAACUAUUAUUCCAAAGCACUUUGUGUAUAUGAUUGUGCACUUCAGCUGCUGACACACACUACCCCCAUUUCCCAGUGAAUCAACAUGGAAACACGACACACACUGCCACAUUACAUUUUACAGCUUCUUUUAAAUAGUUGAGAAAGUGCUUGUGGCUAGUAUAACAUAUAUGCAUGACCUAAAGCAGUUCCAGUUCCCAGUGGUUACAGAAAACACCCGACCCAGUCUGCAUUGGGAAUCAAUGUAGUACAUUCCAAAGACUCCAGGUAGUGUGUGUGUGUGUGUGUGUGCGUGCGUGCGUGCAUGUGGGAUUUCAUAUUUUACAUCAGAGAAUGUUUAACUUAGUUGUGUGUGUGAGGAGGCACUAGACGGUGGUUGGCCAGUGUUCAACAAAUAGCUUUAAUUUCAGAUUUGUCAGACAUCUAGUCUCAUUGUAAGACUCAUUAUCGUCCCUGUGAUUCUGCCUCUGCUUGUGUGUGUGUCUUUGAGAUCAAAUCUCACUUUGCUGUACAUGAUAAAAGAACACAUUUCCACAAUCCUUAUCCAUUUCAAACUGCUCUGCAGACUGAUGCCCUCACACCACAUUAACAAGCUACAGAUGGGCAUCAUGAGAGUGCAGCUGAAGUCAGACUGUAGAGGUGUGACGCUGGUGUGUGCUCAACAAAUGGCACACCUUCUGCCAUUUGGUGCUUUUUACUGUACAGAUAUGUGUUUGUACAUGUGCUUGUAAGUGCACUAGUUAAACCAUGGUGCUAUGAAAGACCUUGUCAGUCUUGAGUCAGAAUCAGGGACCUGUUCAGUGUACUUGUGUGUGAAAGAGAGAGUGUGGUUCUCACUCACGUGGUUGCAGAUGUUAAAAUCACCUUUUUAAACUGCAUUUAAUCAUUGAGUCAUUUCAUUAAAUGUGCUCACAUUUCAGAACUAACGGUCACUGUUAAAUAGAGGGAUGUGAACAUUGAUUGUUUCAGGCUUCAUGAGUGUACAGAGGCAAGGGUUAAAUAACAGUGAGGAUCUGCUGGAUGGUAAAGGUUUUCCCUCAGAUAAGAUGUUAUUUUUCAAGUUGGUGCCAGUUUUUUGGAUGGUAGGCAUUUCUGGUUUGUUGCUGUUUAUCCAGGCUUUGGAAAAGCGCUAAUGGCACUUUUGCUUGUGUAUUGAGGGUCCCUCUUUUCAUGGAGUGCAUCAGUUGCACAAGUGGCACAUUAUUCAGAAAGCUAAUGAAGGUAGUCUCUUUUUGUAGAGGUAUGAUGGGGAAAAACAGGAAUUCUGCCACAAAAAUAUCAUUGUCUUUUCAUAUUAGUGACACAAUUUGCUGAUUUUAUAUAGAAAGUAACCCAGAGAUUGCUCAGUUUUUCUUUUGGUAGAAAUGGUUUUACUCUGAGACACUUCUAUUUAUCUUUUUGUGUUCUGUAUUAUAGAAAUCUCUACAGAGAUCUGCAUAUGAAUGCAAGCCUUGUAUGCAGGUAAAAAAAAAAACUUUGGAGACUAGAAGGCACAGAAGACACAGACUGAAGUACUGUCGCCUGAGCUCUCGCCAGAUAUUGACAGACUACUCUGGAAGCUCAGAAACAUUGCCGUCCAGAAGUGUUACUCAUUAGUCGACUGCUGAUUAAUUCCCAAAUUGUACUGAUACAAAAAACUAUCGGGCACAUCUUUAUUUAAAGUAAAAGUUGUCCCAUGACUUUAAAAUUAUUUAGUGAAUAUUUUUCUUGUCUCGAGAAAACUGCACGAACAUGAUGUGAAAUCAGCUGUUAAAACUACAGGGUCAUAUAUAGGUUCAGAUGUCAGGUAAGAGUAUUAAAGUGACCUCACAGAUAAAUAGUCCUCAACUAAUUCCCUAACACUAACAUGCUGAAUUUACAUGCUUUUCAAAACAGGGUGGUGGACUAAUGUGUGGGAUUAGGCAACAUGUCAAUCUGCUGUUGUUUUGGCAUAAAUCUGCCAAAGAAAACAACCAGAUGCCACUACAUUAUUGUUCUGCAGCAGAUCAUAAUCCUGUUGUCACAUUAAACUGCUAUUUGGAUCCAUAUUGCACUACAUCUAAAGGUGGAUGCUUAGUUUAGGAAUGGACAAACAGGGUGAAGAAGCAACGCUUUGCAGAUGUUUCUUUUACAGCCUGCAGUGAGUACCAUGAGGGUGCAACCUGCUGUUGCUCACACCCAUUUGACAUCAAGUUACUGAUGGUCAACUGCUGGUUUCACUCUGAGCUACUGUGCCCUCACUAAGGGGGGGAAAAAAAAAAAAAAGUAUGACACAUCAAAAAAUGAUAUCGAAACAGAGGUUGUAAAUGAUGACUAGAGUUGCCAUUAUGUGCUGUAAAUGUCUAUCAUUUCCUUCUUUUUUCUUGCAUUUCUUUAAUUAUGAUUAUUAAUAUGUAAGAAUACUGUAGUAUCAUAAGUGAAUCAUUCUUCCUUGCUAGGCAUAGAACUUGCUUGUGAUUGAUAAUGGCAAUGUAAAACUUGUAAAAAAGUAAAAUAGAUAAAAAGCAAGAAAAAUUUUGAAAUGUAAAAAAAAAAAAAAACUGUUACCAGUCAGAGGCCAAGGUAAAGGACUCUCAUUUCUUUGUGUUUUUAUUUUUUUAUUAGCAAUUUAUCACUGUGUGAUAUUUUGUACAUCAUAUUAAGCUGUACUCAAACAAUUUACUCUAACUACAAGGGAUAAGAGACCUGCUUUUUAUUGAUUUUGUUUUAUUAUAUAUUUUUGAACUGCAUUCUAGCUUGUAUCAAAUGAAUCUUUUUGUUUACGGGUCCCCUGUUGGAUGUCAUUAAGGAAGAAAAGACAAAAAAUGACAAUUUUGUACAGUGAAA